AUGGAGGUUGCUAGUGAUUUAGCGGAUAGGCAGGGGCCAAUAUACAAGGAAGACACAGCUAUUUUUGUCAGUCAGUCUGGUGAAACUGCUGAUACUUUACAGGCAUUAGAUGAUGCUUUAGAAAAUGGUGCAUUAUGCGUUGGAAUCACACAUAUUGUAGGAAGUGCGCUUGCAAGGAAAACCCACUGCGGUGUGCAUAUUAAUGCUGGUUGUGAAAUAGGUGUGGCGAGUACUAAGGCAUACACCAGUCAAAUUGUAGUUAUGGCAAUGUUGGCCCUUGCUGUUGGAGGAGACAUGAUUUCAAAUGAAGCAAGGAGAGAAGCAAUAAUAGAUGGUCUCCUAGACUUGUCGAGCAAAGUGAAAGAGGUUCUCAAGCUGGAUGAGGAAAUGAAAGAUCUUGCUGAACUGCUCAUUAAUGAACAAUCACUUCUUGUAUUUGGAAGAGGAUAUAAUUAUGCAACAGCCCUAGAAGGCUCCUUGAAGGUAAAGGAGGUUGCUCUUAUGCAUAACGAGGGAAUUCUUGCAGGUGAAAUGAAACACGGACCUUUAGCUUUAGUGGAUCACAACCUUCCAAUUGUUGUGAUAGCUACUCGUGAUGCUUGUUUCAGCAAACAACAAUCAGUCAUUCAGCAACUUCAUGCUAGGAAAGGUCGACUAAUAGUUAUGUGCACGAAAGGAGAUUCUGCAUCUGUAUCAGUUGGUGGAUCUUGUCGAGUAAUUGAAGUUCCUCGUGUUGAGGACUGUCUCCAGCCUGUACUUAAUGUAAUUCCAUUGCAGGAACUUUUAGGUACCGAAUUGUUAAACUACUUAAUAACGAUUUCAACUCUCAGAGCAGCAUUAAUAUUAAGUCCAAGAACUAUGAAAAGUUUGCAAGCUCUGCAAGUCUUUGAUUUUUAUUUGUCUGGACAGUGCGGUCUAUGGCGUCUCAUUUCUUUUGCACAGAUGAUUUAUCUUGCUGUCAGGAAAGCCCCAGUUACUCUCCUUGGUCCUCCAGUGCAGCUUGUUAGUUUGGUUUUUACUGAUUGCAUCUCUGUGUGGUUUGAAUGCUACAGAUGCUUGCUGUUUACUGCUUGGUUGUUUACUGCUUGGUUAGAAACUCUUAAAUGA